GAAAGAUAGAAACUGAAAUUACCAAAUUAAGAAAAGAAGCCUUGAAUGAAAAAGAUCCGAUAAGAAGAGGAAAAAUUAUGGAGUUAAUUGAAGAGCAAGGCAAAAAUUUGGAGGCAAAAUAUAGAAAAAAGCAGGAGUUAUCUAAUAAAUUCAAUUUUGACCCAGGCCAGAAAGUUAACAAAUUAAUAGAUGCUAUAAAAAAGGCUCUGGAUAAAAAAGAUUGA